AUGGAGUGCAUCACCACAACUACUUUUUCUUUCAAUAUAAAUGGGGAGUCUAAAGGUUACUUAACACCUUCAAGGGGAAUUAGGCAAGGUGAUCCGCUGUCACCUUACCUUUUCUUAUUAGUAUCCGAAGGCUUCUCCAAUUUGUUGACUCAAGCAGAGAACAAUCACAAGCUAUCAGGAUUGAAGAUAAGUAGAGCUGGACCAUCAAUCAGUCACCUUUUUUUCGCAGACGAUUCUCUCAUUUUUUGCAAAGCUGACAAAGAUCAAGCUGAAGAAGUGAUGAAGAUUUUGGCAAUGUAUGAACAAGGCUCAGGACAAUUGAUAAAUAUGGAAAAAUCUUCGGUCUUUUUUAGCAAGAAUGUGGAACCUGAGGAACAAAAGGAAAUAUGCAGUAGACUAGGACAUAUCCAGGUGGUACAUCAAGGGAAGUAUUUGGGGCUGCCUAUGGUCAUUACCAAAACAAAGAACCAGAUCUUUGGUUUUAUCAGAGAUAAAUGUCAGAAAACGGUUGCUAGUUGGUGCAAUAAACAACUCUCCCAAGCAGGCAAAGAGGUUUUAAUGAAAGCUAUAACUAUGGCAAUGCCAACCUAUGCAAUGUCAUGUUUUAAGCUUCCAGUCAAGCUUUGUAAAGACAUUCAAGCUUUUAUGGCAAGGUUCUGGUGGGGAGAGGAAAAUGACAAAAGGAAAGUGCAUUGGUGUUCAUGGCAAAAGCUGGCAAAGGGAAAGCAUAACGGUGGCUUAGGCUUUAAAGACUUACAAGGCUUUAAUAAAGCAUUGUUGGGUAAACAAAUAUGGAGGCUUCUCACCUGCCCAAACCUGCUGAUGAGUAAGGUGAUGAAAGCCAAGUAUUACCAACAUGAGUCACCCCUAAGCUGCGAAGCCAAAGCCAACUCCUCUUGGAUAUGGAAAAGCAUGAUGAGCGCAAGAGAGGAGGUAAGAAGAGGAGCAAGGAGGAAGAUAGGGAAUGGCAGAGGCACUAGAAUUUGGGAGGAUGCUUGGAUCCAGGAUGGCAAAGAAGGUAAAGUGGUGUCCACAAAGCCCCCAACUUGUACGAUGAGUAAGGUGAGUGACCUGAUUUGUAACUUCAGAUGGAAUGCACCUCUGGUGUUUAGAACUUUCAAUCCGACAGAAGCCAGACAGAUUCUCAAAAUUCCUAUUAGUCUUACUAGCAGACCAGACUCCUACUCCUGGAGCCAUAGUGAGAAUGGACAGUACACAGUGAGUUCAGCAUAUGACGCAAUAACAAGAAGGAAAAAUUGGUUGGAAGGCAACGGCAGAGAUAAGGGAGAGACAAGCUGGGAGGGAGGGAGCGGGAAAGCUUGGAAACAGCUCUGGAAGAUGAAGAUCAAACACAAACAAAAGCUGUUUGUAUGGAAAAUUCUGAACCGAGCCUUGCCAUGUAGGGAGGUAGUACAUAAACGUACGGGCAAAGGUGAUUUAAUCUGCAAGCGGUGUGGGGAAAAUACUGAAACUGUGGAACAUAUUUUCUUUCAGUGCAAACAAGCACAAAUGAUAUGGCGGAUGGCACCCCUCCAGUGGGAUGGACUUAAAGAGCACACACCUGACUUCAGCAGAUGGUGGAGUAGUUUAAUGGAAGUGCAGGUGCGAAAGGAGGGAAGGGAGCACAUAAAUUUAACAGUGGAAAUACUUUGGCAGAUCUGGAAAGCUAGAAAUGAAGCUGAAUUUGAAGGGAAGGAUAGACAUCCUAUGCAAGUCAUUAGGAAAGCCAUGAAGGAGUGGGAGGAGUAUCAACAAUCACAACAGAAACAACAUCAGAUGAGCAUUCUCGAAACAGAAACAGCACAAGAUGAGGAGGUAUGGAUGGGGGAUGAGGAGUGCUUGCUGAACAUCAGUGUUGAGGUGGGCCAACAUGUUGAGGGCCAAAAUAUGGGAAUUGGGGUGACAGCAGAAAACAAUCUGAGCCAAAGACGUGAUGCUUGGAUACUGAGCGAGAGAAGCACUGGUUCAGCAGUGUUGGACAAUCUCUUGGCUAUCAAACUGACUCUCCAAAAGCUCAAGGACAAAGGUUGGCAGCAUGUCAAUAUUCGAACUCCAUGCAGUAAGGUUCUUAAUAUGAUACGCUAUCAAGGUUUUGGUAACUUAUGGCUGGCAACUCACUUGGACGACAUAAAAGACUUUUGCUCAAUGUUUAGGAAAUGCUCAUUUGAUAGUUUGCCUGUUGCUAUGGAUAGACUCAGUACUAAACUGAGUAGAUUAGCUAUGAUUAUACUUUGA